AUUGUAGUUCAGCUGGAGGAAGCUGGACAUCCAGAUCGCGGCCUUGUACACAACUAGAACUAGUACCAUUAGGUAGAAGAUAGGAGGACAACGACCGCACCUCUUGAUAGACUCUGUGGACGAAAAGAAAAUCAGAAUACCAUGUUGGUCGUUGCGGGGUACAUCCUUUUUCUCAUGGUCUUCGGGACCCUGAACACGUUGACAACGAAAUGGCAGUUCUCGAUGUCUGCGGUGGGCGAGGACGGGCUGGCGAAGCACUUUCAGAAACCUUGGUGGGGCAAUUUUGCCAUGUUCGCGGCCAUGGUCGGGGUAAGUGGGAAUUUAGAUUUUUUUUUUUUGCCACACGACACAACGUCAAAGCGUCGUCGCCGUGCAUAGCAUCAUGAUGACCACCUUCAAAACCCCGUGAUCAUUGGCAUGACAAAUGCAAAAAAUCAGAUGUACAUCAUGACGACUAUCGCUAUAAAAAUUCAGGUCCUCGGUGUGGACAAAAUAGUGAAUGGAAGCAGCAGCAAAGGAAAGGGCGGCGCUGAGCCUGACCGCGAGACCCCUUUUAUCAACUGCAAAAACGUCUGGGUCCGGAAGAUUCCGACACUUCUGAUGCAGUUGAUCCAAGCUCCACCAAGUCUGGAAUGCAGGGUCUAGCAUGACAGGUUCUGCAGCCCCUUCGUGAUCGUGAUCAUGCCUAUUCUGCAUGAGAAAUACCCUCUCUUUGGCAUGGGGUAUUAUAAGGAUCAAGGACCGGAGGAGGCAACGCGGGAGAUGUUUCAAAGAAUUACGAUAGGGGGGCCAGGAGGCAAACUGCCCAAGAGGGAAGUCUCGAAAGAGCAGAAAACAGCGAGCAAAGAAGUCGCAGGCGAUGCGACGCGACACGAGAAGAACACGCAGCAAGUGCGCCAAGUGCCGGAAAAGGAGGAGGAAACAGAAGCGACAGCACGAGAAGCAGCAGAGCCAGGCGGAGAAGGGGGGUUUGGAGGACUGAAGAAGAAAAUCGCUAAAGAUAUAAGCGAAACAGAGAUGGUAAAAGAAGAGAAAAAGGAAGAAAAAAGAUUCCCAACACUGAAGGAGCUGAACGAGAGGGACCGGAAGCGGGACCGCGAAGAGGCAGCGGAGCGGGAAGAGGAGCGCAAGCGGCAGGAAGAAAGGAGAUCCAUGAAAGGACUGAAGUAUGAAAACCCACUACAAGAUGAGUUAGCCCAGAUGUAUAGGAACAUGCGCUGAGAAAUAAUGAUGAAGGAAAUGUUCAAAAAUGAUGAAAAGAAAGAGAACAGAGAACGAAACAGAAGGACGCAUAAUGGGGGCGCAGUGUUCUGGGCGUCGGCGGAGGGGAGAGGAAGCAGAGGAAAGAAAAAGAAAGAGAAGAAAGAAAAUGGCUCCCUUGGUCGUCACAGCUAGCCUGCAAGGGCUCCGUUUCCGCCAGCUGAACGGCACGGCGCUGCUAAUCAUCUCGUCCUCGCCAGCCGAUAGGCACGGCGCUGCUAUCCCGUCGUCGUCAUUGCGUCCCUUUUACUAGUAGGUAGAAACAGGGUUGCUAAGUUAAAGACUGCGCUAAGGCAGCACCCCCCUUCCCCAAGGGGCCCCCCGGGGCGGGCGCGGUGGCGGCUCUGCUAUCGCGGAGCUUCAGAGUCCGACUCUACCUAUGCGCAUAAAAAGGGUGCGCGGAAGCAGGUCGGUAAAGUGCUUGAAAGGGGCAUGCUUUGGGGUUGCCCGUCAUCGUGAUAGGGUCAACGUGUGUGACCAAUAGACCCCCUGUAUAUCUAGCGCGCAACCGACCACAGAAGCUGUAGUGUUCAAAGUUUGUAAGAAUAACCCAACAAGGCAACACUGGAGCUCCACCUUGCUCGCGGGCUUGGAUGGUAAAUCAGGUCAGCCACAUCUAGCGCCCACUGGCCGUACUCACGCGUAAGCAAUCGCAAACGGUUCGGCGGAUGCGGUCGGGUGGUACCUGUAGGAAGUGGAACGGGUGUCCGCCUAGGGGUAUUGGCAGAGGCUAAAUCUGUUCUAACGCCACGGUAUUGGCAGAGGCUAAAUCUGUUCUAACGCCACCCUGACAGGAGUCAAAUGUCAAAGCGAUGCGAUAGCAUGGCCAGAAGUGAGCACCUCUUACCAGUCAUGCAGCACAGAUCUUUGCAUGAUCCGCAACUCGCAUCACAAGUUCGGAUCCUUCCAGACCCAGACGUAUUUGCAUUUGAUACCUUUGCUCGGCGGACAAUCACCGCGGACGGUAUGGAAGGAUGUUUGUCAUGCACGAUCUAGAUGCUGAUCACUAUCACAAUUAUCACUGUGACUGCUGUAUUUUCGUUGCAGCCUGUCACGCAACAUCCACAUCGUAACUUGACUCGUUAUCAGGCCCUGCAGCAGAAGAAGUACCGAGACUUUCUCGCGGUCGGAGUUCCGGCGGUGUUAGACUUGGUUUCUUCCGGACUGUAUCAUAUCUGAAAACGUCCCCACGUCGACCCCAUGGUCGAGUUGGGAACUUAGCAAGACAAAUCCAGAGGUUUUGGGAGCCACGCAUGACAAAUUGCAGUCCGUAGUGUAGUGCGUGUUAUUGUUAGCAAGGACAACCGCAUCACAAAUGAUCCAUCUUCUUAUCCUGUUUACAGCAUUACAAAUUCCAAAACGCAAUUGGAAAUGCCUCUCAUGGAGAUGCGCAUUGCAAAUCUACUUCCUGUAAUCGCAAAUUUGCAUGACAACUACUAUAGGAUGGGGACGUUUUUCCUCAGGAUAGACUGAACUUCAUCGGCCUGCUGUACAUUUCCGCGUCUGUCUGGCAAAUGCUCCGCGGCAGCAUGAUCGUGUUCUCCGCCUUUCUGUCGAUCCUGUUCCUGAAGCGACGCAUGUACGGGUUCAACUGGCUCGGAAUUGCUGUGUGCGUGCUGGUAUGCAUUGCAAAUAUGUCUGGGUCAGGAAAGUUGGCACUUGUAAUGCGGUUGCUGCAUUUCAGUGAGUUCUGUAUUGCAUGACCAACAAAAGUUGCAGCCUCUCAUGUCGUACAAAAACGCAGUUUCGCAUUCGGAGUUCGUGUGCGAAAGCGCUCUGCAUUUGGCUCAAGGCUUUGCCUUGUUGCCUGAGAUCCAACAAAUCUAGAAUAGGGGGAGCUAUGCCGUAGAGUAGAUGCGAUGACUCACAAUCAUUUUACCACCACUGACACCACGUCGGUACCUCCCCCGACUCCCUGAAGAGGAGUUUCGAAAGAAGUAGAUAAACACCCGAGCGUGGCGGGUCCGCUGUGCCCCCCUUUAUAGUAGCCUACUAGAUCUCAGGCCCCCCCUUUACACUAGGUAGCCGAGAUCUCAGAACCAGCGCCCCGUGCUGCCGAGUACCCCUCCUAAAAAUGACCUCCUCCCCGCCCGGACACGGCGCCUGAAUCCUGCAGCAGUCGUCCACGCACCAUCCUGCGCAGCAGCAAGGUCCUCGCUUAGCCUGACGGACAUGGGCAGCAACUUCUCCAUGUUCGCGGCGUCGCCGUUUACCGUCCUGCGGGUGUCCUGAGGAGCGGUAAAUAGUAGUCGUGCCGUACAACCGCAAUCCGGGAGGCGAGCAAAGUCGGCUACCACAGAGCGGAAUGGAACGGUAGGAGUCUCCUCAAAUGCGGCAGGGCUAGAGGAAUUUUCAGCAGUAAGCCCAACAGGCGGCUUACUCCCGUAGCACUCAACAACAGAUGUGUAGGGGCACUCAACAACAGAAGUGUUGCUGCAAAUUCCUCGGCCCCAAGCAUUUGCCCCAGCGGCGACAUCCAGCGAAGUGGUAGAGGGAACGAGUGGCGCGGCGGACAGACCAGCUGCAAGGACACGCCAGAGCCCGGCAAAGGUCUCUCGUCCCCCCCAGUCCACAGAAAGGGCCGCAGUUCUUCAAUUUCCGCAUCUAUGUCCUGUAGUCGCACUGCGUGGAAGCUCUAAAACGCCCUUGCUGUAGAUCUACGAGAUCAUCAUACGGCUUGGGUCUGUUAGCUUCCAUACAUUGAUCUCAUUGUAUAGCAGGUUUCUGGGGGUCUGUGUAAUCCAAUCACGGAUUCCCUGUCUGCUUCUAUUACAGUUGUGAGCGCAAAGUAUGGUUGAAAAAAAUAUGAGUGCCCGGGGAUGAAGAAAUACUCGCGAUGUUUUCGCGGUUCUGACCCUAUGCCGCUCCAGCGCCUGCGGAGGCUUGCUUCCCCAGUGAUAAUGGAUAAUGGCAAUGUCGGUGCGGUUGUUUUAGCAUCACAAAUUUCCAGACCCAGACAUAUUUGCAUUUGAUAGCUGGGCAUUUCCUGCGUCGGCGCAGCCUCCGUGCUCGGUGGGGACGGGUCGGACGGAUCGAAUCAGCCGGUACACAUAAAAUCUACAUUUCAAGAAGAUUUUUGUGUCGCAUGCUGGCACAGAUCGCGCAUGGAGUAUUCUUCAGUCAUCUGUGUUGCUAGUAUUGCUAAAUAACUUUUCAUCAUUUUGCUACUUUUUGUUUUUGCAUGGGGCGGAUGAGAAUACUAAAGUCGCAAAAGAACAACUCUAUUAGGCCGACGCCAGCACCGGAACCACGGCUACAGCACCAUCUGAUGGCAACAACGCCGCCGCGCUCGGUGUCGCUUUUGUGAUGGCGGCACAGGUCCUGCAGGCUGCGCAGUGUGUGGCUGAGGAAAGACUUUUGAAGAACGUGGAAAUGGGCUGCUUCACACUGGUCGGCUACGAAGGCGUGUGGGGCUGCUUGGUGAUGCUCUUGUUUGUUUUCCCCCUGUGCGAAGUCUUGCCGGGGUCGGAUGUCGGCGGAGUGCAAGAAAACACAAUAGACACCCUCACCAUGCUCAGCAACUCCUUGGGACUCCAGACCAUGCUGGCGGUAUACGUUUUUUCUUUUUGAUGUUUCGGUCGUUUUUGCAGCAGAUCAUCCCCUAUUGAGAUCCAUGUCCAUCUACUUACCGUGUGUAUGUUGUUCAUCUUGAUCGUCAUGAAAGAGCGAUGAAACAUAUUCAUAAAGCACAAAAAGCAAAAGCAAAGCUACCACUCCAAACUACAGAUCUACCUCUGUUCCUGCUGCACCUACAACGUGGCUCGAAUGCUGGUCACCAGCAGUCUCUCCGCAGUCCACUUCACGAUGAUUGACGCCAGCCGGACGGCGCUGGUGUGGGGCAUCGACCUGGCGAUCACCUAUUUCGCGCCCGCGCAGUACGCGGAAUUCGGCGAGCUCUGGAACGACUACUCUUGGUUGCAGGCGGUGGGGUUCGUCACUUUGAUUUGCGGCCAGUGCAUCUACGGGGGGCUCCUCACACUGCCGUUUCCGUCCCUGUACCCCGAAGACGAGAAGGACUUGGCGAGCUUUGUCGGUAGUUGUUCUCGAUGAAUAUUUCUGUGUUAUUUAUUUCGCAACGGCAUUCGCAUCAUGAUCGUCACAAUAAAAACAAGCACGGCAGCAUGUUGUAGUUAUCACAGAAAAAUUGAUAAAAACUCGCACAACUCCCACUCCGCGUACUUCUACAGCCUCUCCCAUGCCGUCCCCGGCUAGCCGAUACCUGGCCACACCGCUUCCGCCGUACAGCCCACCGUAUGAAGACAUGUACGUGAACACGAAACGGGACAAAAGCUGGACCAACUUGAACAAUGAGAACCCCUUCGGCGGCGCUGCUGCACCAGCGGGUGUCACAAACUAAGUAGUACUUUGGACGCUGCGAGACGAUUUGGUGCGGAGGGAAGUAGGGGAAGGCAAACUCAAACGACGAUCGGUGGCAGAAAAGAGCAGAUCAUUCUCGACGUCGCAGGUGACCGGGCGCAGAUGAAGCACGUUCACGUACAGCAAUUCCGAGUGGUUCGUGAGAAAAAUAUUAAACCGUAGAGCUACGCCGUAGAGAAUUUUUAACAUGAUAUCUUUCUCAACUGACAUUGCAACAACAUCAUCAUGAUUGGGCUGACCGAUGGAUUACGUCAGCCUUGUUCGAUGGACGACAUGAAAAAUUAAUCGCAUAAUGCACCGUCCUCAAUGAUGUACGUCUACGUGUACGUCAAACACUAAACACGAAAAUAUUAAAAUUGAUAUACAACUAUGAUUCGCAUGUAAUUUACGUCAUCUCAGCUGCGUAGCUUGAUACCCAUGUUGCCUUGUACAUGUGCUUACAAGAAUUUGCCCACUGGAGGUGUAAGAACAAGCAAAUCAUGAUCGAACAAAAACAUGAUGGAAGAUUUUGCAUUUGCUCCUACAAAGGACAAUGACCAUACUGGACAGGAAAGAAAAACGAUGAAAGCAUCUAGAAUAGUACCAACCGACGACAU